GGAGACUCCUACCCACUGGCAGCCUCUGCCAGGCACGAAAGCGGCCAUGUUGGUCAAAGUGAACAGUUUGAGGCAGAUACAGAGCUCUUCAAACAGUUCGCUUCAGCUGCAGAGUGCUCCAGAGGCCAACAGCCAAAAAUCUCUUCCAAAACCAGCCAUAUACGCUCAGCCUCAAUCCACAUCCCAGAGCCCUGGAGCCACAAAGCAAAUGCUUACAGGAGAAACAAAGCAGUCUAUGCAGAUCAAAAAGACAGAGAAUGGUGGCUUUUGCCUCGUGCUGAUGAAUGGUCCAACUUCUCAAACACCUUCAAGGAGCCAGACAGGAACUCCCCAGCCUGCAUCCCCUAAGUAUGCCUCCCCUGCACCUAUAUAUGAUGAGCCAUCUUUAGAGUCUCCAAUUUACGAUGAGCCACCAGUAGAUAUGGACACUGAAAGUGUCAGUUUGAGUGGGAUGUCUCCACCAAGGUCGCCAAGCAAUAGCUUAAAAAAGCAGCUGCAGCCAACCAAAUUAUUACAGCAUCCAGGUAUGCAACAGCAGCAAGCUGCAAAGAAGCAUGCAAGAAAUCCUUCUUCCACUGAAUACAGCCCGGCUGGCAGAGAAUAUAUAAAACACAUGGUCAAUGUUGACCAGUCUUCCAAACUCUCCCACUCUUCUGCUGCAACAGCUGAUACUUCUACUAAGCUGCCUGGUCAGCUUACUUCAAAGGACAGCUUCAAGCAGUCUUGGAGGAUCUUGGAAGCCAACGUCCUCAAGAACAUGGAAGCCCACCACGGCCGGCAGAACAGCCUGCAAACUCAAGAUUACCCAACCGGUAUAAGCCAUCAGGAUUCUGGUUAUUCGACUGGCCCUUCUCCAAGCUUGAGAAAAAGGAAAGGAAGGAGGCAAGGGACAGGUCAAGGAAGACCUGGCUCUGUGGGCAGCAGCAGUGAGCUCACGGCUUUGAAUGAUAAGCUGAUUGCUGAGAUGCGUGCCGUGGUGGGCAGGUCAGCAGCUUGCAGGGGAAGCAAAGCCAGCCUUGACGCUGAAAGUCUGGAGAGUGGCAUCCCAGCAGAGAACAGCAAAGUCAGAUUUCAGUCCGACCACUUGAAAAAAUGCAUCAGCCGGAGCUCAAGGGAUGACAUCUCAGCUAGUAAUAGGUCUCUGUAUAGACAGAGCCUGGAGAGCAGGGGCAGCUUUCCCAACGAUGUGGCUGCUCCACAGGACACAGUGAGGCAGAAGAGGACUUUUGAGAAAAUAGAUUCUUUAGAAAAGAAUGUGACCAGCCAGACAAGUUUGGCUUCAUCAGAUGCUACACGCCACUCCUCCCAGCCUGGGACAAUAGAGUUGGACCCCAAGCAGGAGAGCAGCAGCCAGCCUGGCAGCUGCGUAGGAUAUAAUUUUCCUUACAAUACUCUGCGGAAGCCCAUCUCUCAGAGCAGCAUGGCAGACUGGGCUUCUAAAAACCUGAACAUGCACACACAGGGCAUCUUCCGCCGAAGGAUCUCCAUCUCCAACAUGCUGUCCUGGAAUGGUGGCUCUAUCAAAAAGCCAAUGCUCAUCACCAGCAACCGCACCAUCAAAAAAGAGGCAUGUGAGAUGUUCAAACUGGUGCAGAGCUACAUGGGAGAUCGUCAGACUCGCAUGGACCGGAAUCAUGUGGCGUUGGUCACGGUCACCAAGUGCUGGAGCAUGCAAGGUUUACGGGAUGAGCUCUACAUACAACUGAUCCGGCAGACAACGGAUAAUACAUGCUACCGAAGUCUGGCAUGGGGCUGGGAACUGAUGGCCAUCAGUCUGGCCUUUUUCUCCCCAUCCCCCAAAUUCCAGUCUUAUCUGGAAGGUUACAUUUAUCGCCACCUUGACAGUGAUGAAAACAUUGCCCAGCGCAUCAAGGAGCUUGUGGAUCUGAAAAACAAGAAGAACUCAAAAUCCAGGAAAAAGAGGAAACAAAACACCGAGGAUGAAGGUCUGCCCAUCAGCACCUACGCCAAAUACUGC